AUGAAUGGUGGAAGCGAGAUGGUCUUCGAGUGUCCGGAGAGCCUAGAGCUUAUUCUUGUAUGCAGUCUACUGUCCAAGAACACGGUGAAGGUGGCGGUUGGCAGGAGAUACUCAAUGGCGAAGUCAUUUGUCAAGCUCCUCCAGGGUAUAUCCCACGGGUCGAGCCACUCGUGGGAGGAGGGAUAUGUUCUUUUUGCUCCUGGUGCGCUGAGGGGAGGAGAUACUACUGUCGUGUGCUCGGAUGAGAUUUCGAUGUACAUAGAGCCUCUUCUGGUUCUCUGUCCCUUUGUGACUGAGCCCUUAAGGAUAAGAUUCAAGGGGAUAACGAACGGGAAGCUUUGCGUUGAUCUGAUUAGAAUUGCCCAUUUCAAUGUGUUGAGGAGAUUUGGAAUCAACGGGUGUGAGAUUGUUGUAAGGAAGAGGGGGUUUGCGCCUGAGGGCAAGGGGGAGGUUCUAUUCACUGUGGAUAGGCCUGGAAAGGUAUGUACGAUUGCCCUAGAGAGCCCGGAGAAGAUUCUCAAGGUCCGAGGGCUGGUGCUGAGCAGCAGGGUAAGCUCCGUUCCGGCUAAAGAAAUGACCGACCGGAUCAAGGAGAUGCUGGGAGAUAUCUUGAACACAAAGGUUUUCUCGAACAUGUCGAACAGGGUAGACUCUGGGCCAUCUCCUGGAUUCCAGUGUGCUGUUUUUGCAGAGUCCAAGAGCGGGAUUUAUUAUUCGAUCGGGAGUGGGGAGGGCCUGACGCCAAGAGAAACGGCCACGGCGGCGUGCAAGGACCUUCUUCGAAGCGUUAAGUACGGAGGGGUAUUUGACAAGAAGCUUCUCUAUCUUGCACUCUCUCUGAUGUCGCUGUCGUCCACAAGCAUAGGGAGUCUGUGGGUUGGCAGGGUUGAUUCGGAGGUUCAGGGGAUUCUGGAUUUGCUAAAGCGGUUCUUUGGGUUUGAAUAUGAAGUUCGAAGUACUGGAGAAGGACAUGUUGUCUAUGGACCUGGAUGUGGACUUACCAAUGUCAACAGGCUGUUGAGAUGA